GACUUUUUCAACAACAAAGUAACUUUAGUUAGUUAGAUUAAAACAUCGCACUCACUCCAUACCUUUCUACCUAUGCAAUUAAAUCUCAUCUUUUCCCGUCCAUCACUAAGAGCAAGAAAAUUGCUUCGUAGUAACAGUUAAUAGAAUGUAGUCUGGAAAGCCUUAAUUAUAAUAUAGAUAACCUGUGUGAAUCAUGACGUGUCUUUUAAUAAAUAACGAAUGUGUGCGUAAACAAGUUAAAUUCCGCAAGUGCAACGUUGCCACUAAAAGAAUGUAAAAGGUAAAAUUGGGUGCGCCAAAGAAACGCUUCGGUUGUUUCCGUAUUCAAAUGAAUUUUGUAUUACCCGCGAAAACUCGAAUCAACGUUCUUGUGUACAAAUUCUAAAUAAUUCUAUCGAUUUCUACCUCUAAAAACACAAUGCUUCGAUUUGGAGGAGUAUGUGCUUGCUUGUGGCAGUUGCGAGAUGCCGUGUGUAGCUGAGGUUGUUUUGCAACAGUGGUGGCCUUGUUUUUAAUUUGCCGGUGUGUGGUGGAAUCGAGUGUUUACGUUUUUUAAAAAAUGAUUUGAAGUGAAAUGGCGGAUAAGAAGUCCCUAUAUUCGACAUGCGUAGCGAUCCUGGGGUUUGUUUGUUUCGUCGUUGGCGCCACCGCAAUCGGUGUUCCGAUGUGGGGAUACUUCGAUACGCCUAACGGUGGCCCCAGUGCCGAAAAAGGCUACUUUGGACCGUGGAGAACUUGCAAACAGCUGCUUUACCAUCGUGAAAGGUGCGGCAAAGAUGCUUCAAGAUUUAGGGUUUCUGUCGUAGUAUGGAUAGCUGGGCUGGUAGCGGCGGCCGGUGUGGCAAUCCUAGGAGUUUUUUGUGUACUAAGUGUCCUCCAGUUAGCUAUGCUAAGCUCGAAAGAAAAAGUUGUGAUGAGGUAUAGCAUUGUUUUAACUACCAAACUUGCCUUGGGACUUUUGGCCGGUUUGUUGGCCAUUGCAGCAGCAGGUCUGUUCGCGCUACAAACUGACGAUAAGGCGAACAGUGGUUUCCAGAUAACCCGAGGACCCGCCUUCUACAUUCAGGUUUUGUUAAUAAUUCUCAACGCUGUUUUGUUUGUAAUGUCGCUGUACGAUCUAAUAUUUUCUCGGCGAGAUGGGGGAGAUCCCACAAAGUCUGUGUCAAUUCCCGUGGAAGCAACGACAUAUGGCAAUCCUGGUUAUCGCGAUCGGGGCCCAACGAACGGAGCGGGUGUAUCUAUGACCGAUGCCAGUGGGAAACCAUACCUUACCAAUGGCAGCACAAUGUCAAUGAAUACAACCAUGACAAGUGCGUCAUCCGUUGGUUCCAACGGGUCAACUGUCGGAUCUUCAGUGACGCGAUCACCUUUACGAUCAAGCCUAAAAAAGCCGAAGCCGAAGGACGGUUUUGGGAUUCAAAACCCCGGAUUCUCAGGUUCCUCGCCUACGUUUUCGAGAAAUGGAAGUGUAAAAAAAGUGAGAAUACAAACUCAUAGCACCGAAGUUUGAUGACAGUCCUUGUUACAAAUCUGAUAAUUCUUAAUUUAUUUGAUAAUUUGAGAACUUUUUAGUGAUAUUAUUACGUUAUAUCCGUCCAUUUUCGUGCACGAUUGAUGCACAUAAAUUUUUUUGAUGUUUUUUGUGUUUAACACAUUUUAUAUAUUUUAUGAAAGAUUUUACUGGUACUCGUGUUAAUUUUUGUUGUUAUAUUGUACCACACUAUGGCCCUUGUAGCAACUACUUAAUACCUACUAUCAUCAUGCUAGAUCAACUCUGUGGGGGUUUUAGUAACUGUGAUGAAUCUGGGACCAACAGAAGAC